GAUACAACAGUGCUGACAUUCUGUGAGGGUUUGAUAGAAGUCUUGACGGAGUGUUCAGUUGUAGUGUUGACAAUGGCAUGUCUGUGUGGCUUAAUGAGGCAGUUAACAGUUGUGACAAGGCGAACUUAUCCGUGCUUGAACAACACAAAUCUGACGCAUCAAGUGCGAUGGAGAAAGCCAAGAUGGGUCCCAGUCGCUAAAACUAAAGUUUUCAACGUUAGAGAACCGACUCCAAUUAAUGCAGAGGAAGAUGUUGAAUUGUUCAAGGAGUUUAACAGUUAUAGGACCGAGUUAAAGACUAUCAGAACAUUUUUGGUUAAGUGGCAGCAAGACAUUAAAACUGAAGAUAUUAGUGAGGAAGAACUGCAAAGAGCAGAAGAGGAAGAGCACAGGAGACUGAUGGAGAUAAACAGACAGUGGAAUGCGGAGGUUGCGGUCCAGAGGGAAAAGCGACAGAAAGAAGAAGUGGCUGCUAAACAGUUGCGUAAAAGAAAGGAACAGGAGCAAGAGGAAGAUGAAGAGCUGGAGAUGCUGGAACAGGCCAGCAGAUAUGUCCAAUUAGAAAGUGAACAGGCUAAGACAUUUGUAACAGAAGAGACAUUGGAUGAAGAAGUGGAGAAAGUGCUAAAUAUGAGAAAGGACUAUAACUUUGCUAUUGAUGCUGAAGGGAAUAAAGUGACCUAUGAGAACAAAGAUGCCAAGAAAUCAGAGCAGGCUGGAUAACAUUUACAUGUAUUCUGUUUUUAUCUUCAUUAAAAUAUUACUGUGUAUCAA